GUCAGCGUUUCAAGCAACACAAACAACAUUCACACACGCUUUUCCAUUUCAAUCUCAAAAAAUGUGCCAACAAGUCGCCAUCAACAACAACAACAAAAUGAAGAACAACUACAGCAUUAAGCAGGUCUUGAAGACGUUCUUCAAGAAACAGCAGAAGCAACAGCAGCAAUUGAAACAGCAACGCCAGAACUCACUGGAAUCACUUGAAUCCGUUGACAAUCUGCGCAAUGCCGAAGUCGAGGAGGUCUACUAUGCCGAAAUCGAUGAGAAUGCCGCCAAUGAGAAACUGGCCCAAUUGGCCCAAGAGCAAGAGAUGGAGACCGAAGAAGACAUCUAUGUGCCAGUACGAUUUGCACGCACCGAAGCCGGCACCUUCUUCUGGACAACCAAUCUGCAGCCAGUUGCCAGCGUCGAUGCCGAUCUGCUGCAGCCCGCCUACUGCUAUUCCAGCGAGCAGCAUCCGUUCAUGCAAUAUCAGGAUCGUUGGGCCCAGGCUUAAGACAAUAACCUAGCCACAGCCAACAAUCCUCAAUCAUCAACAAGCUUUAAACGCAUGCAACAUUGUGAUAGCAGCAGCAGACGCAGCAGCAGCAGUACUUAAUCUUAACUCAAACCCAAACCCAAACUCAUCUCAGCGGCACCAGCGCUUCCAUUAGUUCUUAAGAUAUUGUGAUAGUAAUUCAAA